AUGCUGCACUCCGUUGCCAUGACAGCAGAAGUUCUCUUUGUUCUCGGGUUCCUGAUGAGCGGCGCUCAGUGUAAUCCUAUAGCGACCUUACCAGUGAGCCGAGAACGUCUGGAAAGGGUGUUGACCCAAGCCAGGGAGGACAAACAUCAGGACAAACAAGCCCCCGAGCAGCCGCUGGGAUAUGGCGCUCAGCAGCGGCCUGAGGAAAUCAAUACCUUGGGGCCCAACAGGACAGCCGUGAGCCGCGGCAGGCCAAACCUCAACUCGCAGGCACAAGGAUCUAAGGGAGGGAAGUCCCAGGAGCUGUGGAGUGAGCAGGAAAGCCUGAACCAAAUAGAUGAGGGCCCCACCAGCGACGUCACCCUCUCCCUGGACGCUAUUGAUGAGUACGCCUACCCAGACUACAGGGGGAAAGGCUGCAUGGAUGAGAGCGGCUUUGUGUUCGCCAUCGGCGAGCAGUUCACCCCGGGCCCUUCGACAUGCCCUUGCCUCUGCACAGACGAGGGCCCUCUGUGCACCAAGCCAGAAUGUCCCAAGGUUCACCCUCGCUGCAUUAAAGUGGACACUAGCCAAUGCUGCCCACAGUGCAAAGAGAAAAAGAACUACUGCGAGUUUCGGGGCAAGAUCUACGCCUCGCUCGAAGAGUUUAAGGUGUCUCCAUGUGAGAAGUGCCGAUGUGAGCCAAGUGGGGAGGUGUUGUGUUCUGUGGCAGCCUGCCCUCAGACAGAGUGCGUGGACCCGGAGUACGAGCCGGAUCAGUGCUGUCCCAUCUGCAAGACUGGGCCAAACUGCUACGCGGACACAGCAGUCAUACCGGCCGGCCGAGAGGUGAAGAUUGAUGAGUGUACAAUCUGCUACUGCACAUACGAGGAGGGCACAUGGCAGAUUGAGCGUCAGGCCACCUGCAGUAAGAACGAGUGCCAGCGGAGCUAG